AUGCCCGAGCCCCUCGUCAAGCACAUCUACACUGCGGACCCGUCCGCGCACGCGUUUGCGGGCAAGAUCUACGUCUACCCCUCACACGACCGGGAGACGGACAUUCAGUUCAACGACAACGGAGACCAGUACGACAUGGUCGACUACCAUGUCCUCUCCAUGGAUGAGGUUGGCGGAGAGGUCACCGACCACGGCGUCGCGCUCUCUGCCGAGCAGGUGCCCUGGGUCGACAAGCAGAUGUGGGCGCCGGACUGCGCCGAGAAGAACGGAAAGUACUACUUCUACUUUCCUGCGAGGGCCAAGGACGGCAAGUUCAAGAUGGGCGUUGCCGUCUCCGACAAGCCCGAAGGGCCCUUCACUCCCCAGCCGGAAGCUAUGAAGGGCUCGUUCUCGAUCGACCCCGCGGCGUUCGUCGACGACGAUGGUGAGGCGUACCUCUACUUUGGCGGACUGUGGGGCGGACAGUUGCAGUGCUACAACUCGGACGGCACUGAGUGGGACGGCUCGAAGCAGGGGCCACAGGAGCCGACGGAAGGCGACGCUCUCGGUCCCCGUGUCGCCAGGCUGACGGACGACAUGCUCGAGUUCGCCGAGCCCGUGCGCGAGAUCAGCAUCACUUACCAGGGCAAGCCAGUACCGGCCUCUGACCACGAGAAGCGUUUCUUCGAGGCGGCGUGGAUGCACAAGCGUAACGGGAAAUACUACUUCUCCUACUCGACUGGCGACACGCACCUGAUCGCUUAUGCGACGGGAGACUCGCCAUACGGUCCCUUCGAGUACCAGGGCACCGUGCUCACGCCUCCGAUCGGAUGGACGAACCAUCACUCCAUGGUCCACUUCAAGGGCAAGGACUACCUGUUCUACCACGACUGCUCGCUCAGCAAGGGCGUCGACCACCUGCGCUCGGUCAAGGCCAAGGAGAUGAAGUUUGACGGAGACAAGAUCGUUACCAUGGACCCGUAA